GAUAUAAAUUUCUGACCUGAUCCACUAAUAUUAAAAAUGGCCAACCCACAUGCUAUCACAGUUCAGCCCCAAACUGUUGCUGUUACCAGUUUGUCAAGAAAUUACUGGCAGACAGGGCUACUGGAGUGUUGCAGUGACUUUGGAGUGUGUCUGUGUGGAAUAUUCUGUUGUCCAUGUCUCUCAUGUCAAAUUGCAAGUGACAUGAAUGAAUGCUGCCUCUGCGGCUCAAGUGUGGCUAUGAGGACACUCUACCGGACAAAAUACAGUAUCCCAGGAUCCAUCCUUUCUGAUUGCUGCACUGUCUUAUGGUGCCCUAUGUGUUCUGCUUGUCAGCUAAAGAGAGACAUUAACAAAAGGAAGGAACAAGGAAUCUUCUAACAAGGUUUCCUCUAUUUGCUUCUGCAUAUUCAGAGUCUAUAUGCAAGAAUACCAAGAUCUACAAGACAUGCAAGCAAGCAAGGCAGCACUUUUGGCUUAUUUGCUAUGAAUUAUCAGGGAAAAAAUAAAAGGUUUUGCGCCUCA